CACAUGAAAUAAACAAGGGACAUCCAAAUCUCGCGGCAACCCCACCAGGACAUGCGUCAUCGCCUGGACUCUCACAGACCCCUUAUCCAUCUGGACAGAAUGCAGCUCCAACCACAUUGGUGUAUCCCCAAGCCCCUCAAACAAUGAACUCACAGCCUCAAACCCGCUCUCCGCCCAGCAGAACAGUGCCAAUACAUUGCACAGACAACUGGAAGAGGAGGAAGGUUUUGGAACAGACUCCCGUUUACAGGUCCUUGGCUGGAAGAGGCUGGAUAAAAUACUGCAUUUUUUUUCAGAGGCCUCAAAUACAGCCUCCUAGAGCUACCAUCCAGAACAGCAGCCCUUCCAUCCGUCCCGGUGCCCAAACACCAACUGCAGUGUAUCAAACCAAUCAACACAUCAUGAUGGUUAACCAUCUGCCAAUGCCGUAUCCAAUGCCCCAGGGCCCUCAGUACUGUAUACCACAGUACCGGCAUAGUGGCCCUCCUUAUGUUGGGCCUCCUCAGCAGUAUCCUGUCCAGCCUCCGGGGCCUGGCCCCUUUUAUCCUGGACCAGGGCCUGGGGAAUUCCCCAAUGCCUAUGGAACACCGUUCUAUCCAAGUCAGCCCGUGUACCAGUCAGCACCCAUCAUAGUGCCUACACAGCAGCAGCCUCCACCAGCCAAGAGGGAGAAAAAAACGAUACGGAUCCGGGAUCCAAACCAAGGGGGUAAGGACAUAACAGAGGAGAUCAUGUCUGGAGGUGGCAGCAGAAACCCUACCCCUCCCAUAGGGAGACCUACAUCAACACCCACUCCUCCUCAGCUGUCCAGCCAGGUCCCUGAGCACAGCCCCGUGGUUUAUGGGACUGUGGAGAACACUCAUCUUGCUGCCGGCACCCCUGUCACUGCGCCUAGCGACCCGAAGCAAGAAGAGAAGCCAAAACCAGAUCCAGUAUUGAAGUCUCCUUCCCCAGCCCUUAGCCUAGAGCCUAGUGGGGAAAAGAAAGAACAAGCUGGUCCAAUACCUGAGACGACUUCAGUGGGAUCUGUGGCAGAGCUUCCUCCUCCUCCUCCUCCUCCUCCUCCUCUGUCACCUGGAACCAUGGCUCCAGCUGCUCUCAGUACUGUUCCUCCCACCACCACCGCUGUCCCUCUGUGUAACCUGCCUGCCUUCACAGCAGAUGGAGAGGAUCGAUGUGAACUUGCUUCCCCAAAAGAGGAUGUCAUACCUUUGUCCAGUCCUGUACCUUGCACAGAAACGUCAAAUCCGUCACCAACACACGAAGCAGAAGAUGAUGUGUACAAGGAUCCUUGUAGCAUAGCACCCAGUGAUAUUCCAGUGAUUUCGACUACAGACCUCAUUAAUGAAAUGAAUGGAGUUAGUGAAAAAUUGACAGCUACAGAGAGUAUUGUUGAAAUUGUAAAACAGGAGAUGUUGCCUUUGACUGUUGAUCUGGACGUUCUGGAAAAUCCCCCCGAAGAUCUAAAAGUGGAGAGCAUAUCGACACCCAUCACCAUUUCCGCUGUUCUUUCUAUUUCUCCAUCUCCUCCUACUCCUCCAGCUUCCCCCCCUUCAGUUCCUGCUGCUGUUCCUGCUACUCUCGCUACAGCUAGUGCUCCUAAUGUUCCUGCUGCUGUUGCUGGAGUUUUAGAAGAAGAGGAAAACGUAAGAACUGCCCUUAGUGAUGAUGUAAAAGAUAGCCAACCGAAAGCGGAGGUGGAAGCUGAUGGGCAAAUGGAAGAAAUUGUGGAUUCUCAGAACCCGAAUUCACGAAAGAGCCCUGUCCCAGCCCAAAUAGCUGUAACAGCACCAAAGAUAUGGAAGAAACCAAAAGAUCGGACCCGAACCACUGAAGAGGCAUUAGAGGCGGAAUCAGAGCCUAAAGUUGAAGAGGAACUUUCAGGUGACAAAGUACUUGAAUCUGAACAGGAUACAAUGAGCCAAGGGUUUCACCCCGAGCGAGACCCCUCUGACCUUAAAAAGGCAAAAGCUGUGGAAGAAAAUGGAGAGCAGGAAAGCGAGCCCGUGCGUAAUGGAGCUGAGAGUGCUUCUGAGGGGGAAGGAGGCGAUGCAAACUCGGGCUCCCCGGACAGUUCUGGCGAUGGCGUGGCCUUUCCUCUGAAGCCAGAACCCUGGAAGCCUGCUGAUACUGAAGGGAAGAAGCAGUAUGAUAGGGAGUUCCUCCUCGAUUUCCAGUUCAUGCCAGCCUGUAUACAGAAACCAGAGGGCCUGCCUCCCAUCAGUGAUGUGGUUCUGGACAAGAUCAAUCAACCCAAAUUGCCCAUGCGAACUCUGGACCCUCGGAUUUUGCCGCGAGGACCAGACUUUACUCCAGCCUUUGCAGACUUUGGGAGGCAGACAUCUGGUGGAAGAGGUGUACCUAUUUGCAAAGUGCAGAGCAGGCAUGGCUUACCGAUCCUGGAGCAGGGCAAAGCCCCCACGUGCACCCCACUGCCGAUGUCUCACCCCCCGCUGAAGAGCCUGCCUCUGGGGCUGUUGAACGUUGGCCCAAGAAGAUCUCAGCCAGGCCAGAGAAGAGAGCCCAGAAAAAUCAUCACUGUUUCUGUGAAAGAAGAUGUCCAUCUCAAAAAGGCUGAGAAUGCCUGGAAACCCAGCCAGAAACGAGACAGCCUGGCUGAGGACCCUGAAAAUAUAAAGACCCAGGAGCUUUUCCGAAAGGUUCGGAGCAUUUUAAAUAAAUUGACACCACAGAUGUUCAACCAGCUGAUGAAGCAGGUGGCAGAACUCACUGUUGACACGGAGGAGCGACUGAAAGGAGUUAUUGACCUGGUCUUUGAGAAGGCCAUUGAUGAACCCAGUUUCUCUGUGGCGUAUGCAAACAUGUGUCGGUGUCUAGUCACGCUAAAAGUGCCCAUGGCCGACAAGCCUGGGAACACAGUGAACUUCCGAAAGCUGCUGCUGAACCGCUGCCAGAAAGAGUUUGAAAAAGACAAAGCAGAUGACGAUGUCUUUGAAAAGAAGCAGAAGGAGCUGGAGGCGGCCACUGCGCCCGAGGAGAAGACGAGACUUCAUGAUGAACUAGAGGAAGCCAAGGACAAAGCCCGGCGAAGGUCCAUUGGCAACAUCAAAUUCAUUGGAGAGCUUUUUAAACUCAAAAUGCUAACGGAGGCCAUCAUGCACGACUGUGUAGUGAAACUGCUAAAGAACCACGAUGAAGAGUCCCUUGAGUGCCUCUGCCGCCUGCUCACCACGAUCGGCAAAGACCUAGACUUUGAGAAAGCAAAGCCUCGCAUGGACCAGUAUUUUAAUCAGAUGGAGAAAAUCGUCAAAGAGAGAAAAACGUCAUCAAGAAUCCGCUUCAUGCUUCAAGAUGUAAUCGACCUGAGGCUGUGCAAUUGGGUGUCCCGAAGAGCAGAUCAAGGCCCCAAAACUAUUGAACAGAUUCACAAAGAGGCCAAAAUUGAAGAGCAAGAAGAACAAAGAAAGGUCCAGCAGCUCAUGACCAAAGAGAAGAGAAGACCAGGUGUUCAAAGAGUGGAUGAAGGUGGGUGGAACACUGUGCAGGGGGCCAAGAACAGCCGUGUGCUGGACCCCUCCAAAUUCCUCAAAAUCACCAAGCCUACAAUAGAUGAGAAGAUUCAACUUGUGCCUAAAGCCCAGUUGGGCAGCUGGGGGAAAGGCAGCAGCGGGGGAGCAAAAGCAAGUGAGACGGACUCCUUACGAUCAGGUGCCACUAGUUUGAACAGAUUUUCUGCUCUGCAGCCUCCAGUAUCAUCUGUGUCUGCUUCAUCUACCCCUCUGGAGUUUGACUCUCGCAGGGCCUUAACUAGUCGAGGAAGUAUGGGCAGGGAGAAGAAUGACAAGCCCCUUCCCUCUUCAACGCCUCGUCCAAACACCUUCCUUCGUGGUAGCAGCAGCAAAGAUCUGUUAGACAAUCAGUCCCAAGAAGAACAGCGACGAGAGAUGCUUGAGACUGUGAAACAGCUAACAGGGGGCACGGACGUGGACAGGAGCAGUACAGAGGUGGACCGCAGCAAGACGAGGGAAACAGCUAAACCAGAUGUUCCCACAACUCCAGUUCCUGAAAAGCCUUUGUUGUCAGAGGAGGAGAUGGAGAGAAAGUCGAAAUCUAUUAUUGAUGAAUUCCUCCACAUUAAUGAUUUUAAGGAAGCCAUGCAGUGUGUAGAGGAACUAAAUGCACAGAACCUCUUGCCUAUUUUUGUGCGAGUGGGAGUGGAGUCCACCCUGGAAAGGAGUCAGAUCACCAGGGAUCACAUGGGCCAGUUACUCCACCAGUUGGUGCAAUCCGAAAAACUCAGCAAACAGGACUUCUUCAAAGGGUUUUCAGAUACCUUGGAGUUGGCAGAUGACAUGGCCAUUGAUAUCCCCCAUAUUUGGUUGUACCUUGCUGAGCUGGUGACCCCCAUGUUAAAAGAAGGAGGAAUCUCUAUGAGAGAACUUAUCACAGAAUUUAGCAAACCUUUACUUCCUGUGGGAAGAGCUGGGGUCUUGCUUUCUGAAAUCUUGCACCUUCUAUGCAAACAAAUGAGCCAUAAGAAAGUGGGAGCCUUAUGGAGGGAGGCCGGCCUCAGUUGGAAGGACUAUUUGCCAGAAGGGGAAGAUGUACAUAACUUUCUCCUGGAGCAGAAGUUGGACUUUAUAGAGUCUGACUGUUCCAGUUCCUCAGAAGCACUUUCAAAGAAAGAACUCUCUGCUGAAGAGUUGUACAAACGGCUUGAGAAACUCAUUAUUGAGGACAAGGCGAAUGAUGAACAGAUCUUUGAUUGGGUAGAGGCUAAUCUAGAUGAAAGCCAGAUGAGUUCACCUACAUUCCUUAGAGCUUUAAUGACAGCAGUUUGUAAAGCAGCUAUUAUAGCCGACUGUUCUGCUUUCCGAGUGGACACUGCUGUUAUCAAGCAGAGAGUGCCGAUCUUACUCAAGUACCUAGACUCAGAUACAGAGAAGGAGCUACAAGCACUUUAUGCACUACAAGCAUCCAUUGUCAAACUUGAUCAACCUGCCAAUCUCUUGCGGAUGUUUUUUGAUUGUCUCUAUGACGAGGAGGUGAUCUCGGAGGACGCCUUCUACAAGUGGGAAAGCAGCAAGGACCCUGCCGAGCAGAGUGGGAAAGGCGUGGCGCUGAAAUCGGUCACAGCCUUCUUCACGUGGCUGCGGGAAGCUGAAGAGGAGUCAGAGGAUAACUAAAACUUCAAAUAUACAAAACGAAACAAAAGAAACAAUUUAAGUAUUUUUUUAAAAAGUUUCACGUCUUCGCCAAUCACAGUGCAGCAAGGCCAAUUCUCGAGCAGAAACCCCCACGUGUGCACGAGUGGGAGAGGGGAGAGAGAAACAAAAAGGUGAUCAUGGAGGAAAAAGGUACUGGAAAAGUAAACGUCAAACCUGAGGGCGGGAGCACUAAACCAAAAUACAUGUAUUAUUUAUAGAAAAUAUUUUCUGUUUUAAUCUUUUCUUUUCUUUUUAAACAAGGACUCAUACUUUAAAAGAAACACAGAUCUGUUUAGCAAAAAAAAAAAAGUUGAGAACUUUAAUUUAUUUUAAGGACUGCAAAUGCCAGUGUAAUUUUUUAAUUUGCAGUUUCUGUAAACAAAUUGUAUAAUAGAAAAGCAGAGAAAUAAAUUUCCCUCCCCUUCAGAUGCACUUCACUUUUGUUUCAAAGCAUAGUAGAUAGUCCAGUCUUAAGGGGGUUUUGGGGUGAGCUAGGUAAGAGAGAUCAUUUUUUGAUUGUUUUUUGGCAUCAAAUCUUUCUGCCUGCCUCUCAGCUUGCUUCAGAAAUUAAAAAUCAAAAUAGUAAUCAAAACAUACAUAAACUUGGAACAGAAGGAAAUGCAUUUGAGAAAAUGCUGUGGACCAGAAAGCUCCAAGAAUUAACUUGUUCAGAAAAAAAAAAAAAGUGCUACCCUGGGAAAAGUACCCAUAAUA